GUGUGUCUCUGAUCUAUUCCUGCAGUAGAUGGCGGUAAUGCUCUUUUUAAGAAUGCGAACCGCCAAUAACCUCAAAGAAGAAGAAGAAGAAGAAUGACUGAAGAAGAACCUCACGUGAUUCAAACAAACACAAAUAUCAACAUCUUAAAAAAUAAGGAUAUAUUUGACUGUAUCGUUGAACUGAAGCUGAGGUAGAUACAGUUACUGGCGUAUAACGAAAGUAAAGAUGGGUUUAGACUUUUACAGCUUCGAUGUGUGACCUGGAAUUAAUGUGAUUGAAUGAAUUAACACUUGACUUCAAAACCAUAGUAGCUAAAGUUGCAAAGAAUACAAAGUAACCUUGGCAUUGCUAUAAAAACAAAAAUCGAUUGACCAUGCGGAGAAGACCACAGGCUGCAGCUUUGGCUCCGGCAUAUUUGAGGGCUGGGACUGAGAAAACAGUUUCUUCAGCAUCAGCAGCACAGUCCCAGUUUCACACAGAUCUGUGGCUCUGUUUCACUGUGCAGAACUGGAUACUAGACUUUGGGAGGCCAAUUGCUAUGAUCGUAAUGCCUCUAGAAUGGUUUCCUCUAAAUAAGCCAAGUGUUGGAGAUUACUUUCACAUGGCAUAUAAUGUCAUUACACCAUUCUUAUUACUGAAGCUGAUCGAGCGGAGUCCCACGGCCCUUCCUCGCUCGGCUGUUUAUCUCAGUAUCAUCACCUUUGUUAUGGGAGCCAGCAUACACCUAGUGGGAGACUCCAUUAACCAUCGUCUCAUCCUCAGUGGAUACCAGCUUCAUCUUUCUGUCAGAGAAAAUCCCAUUAUCAAGGAUCUGAAGCCUACCUCACUGAUUGAUUCCUUUGAGCUUUUGUAUUACUAUGAUGAGCACUUAGGGCAUUGCAUGUGGUAUGUCCCGUUCUUCAUCAUCCUCUUCUUGUAUUUCACUGGCUGCUUUACACAAGCUAAAGAUGAGAAGAUGCCUUACUCAGGUUGGCUGCUACUUGGCCCUAGUGCAGUGUACUAUUGGUAUCUGAUUACUGAGGGGCAGAUCUUUGUUCUCUAUGUCUUCAUCUUUUUUGCCAUGGUUGCCACUGUUAUGCGCCAGAGGCGGAUGGGCUUCAUGCUAGACAGCAAUGGCCGUUUCCUCUUCUAUAACUUCAUCAUUACUCUGGGAUUAGUUCUGGUUUGGGUCGCGUAUCUGUGGAAUGAUGAGGUUUUGCGCAAAAAGUAUCCCGGUAUCAUCUAUGUCCCUGAGCCUUGGUCCUUUUAUACCUUACACAUCAAAGGGAGUUAAAUACUAGCAGCAAAUCCCGAACUACAUUUCACUGAUGUUUCUUCAAUAAAAAUACUUUAAAUAUUUUGGGGUCAUGAAUUGAGAAAUCAGUAUUUUGACAUAUUAGAGGUUGUAUUAAAAAAUAUCCUGUAAGUUUCAGAACUCAAAACUUCCUCUUUAGUUCAAAAACAGUUUUUAUUAAAACCAAGUUGUCAAAAUGACUUGUUUCAGAUUUUGUCACAGUAUUAUGUCAUAAUGCGAUGAAAGACCACCUCUGCAGAAGAUAAUCAUCAUAAAUACGAGAGAGACGCAAACACUGGGUUACUCCUGCAGCAAACUGAUAGCCUCUAAGGAUUAAUGUGGGUGAUUCCUGUAUAUUUGAAGAGAACGUAGAGAAUGCUGAUUUUGUUGUUGUUGUGAUCUAAGUCAUUCACUUUAAUCCUGAAUAAAAGCUUCAGUGAGCGACGUCAUCAGAAAGACAUUACAACACAUUUCAUUUUAGUAUACAUUUUUCAUUUUAUUGAAAAGGAUGAAUGAUGAAUAGCCUAUAAGAACAACAGUGGAACAAACAAUGGUACAUUCGUUCAUAAUUUCAUUAAUGCGAUACACAGAAAAAGUUAUCAUUUGUCAACUGUGGUAACUCGAAGUACUUAAACUUUGAACUUCAUACAACCAAGUCUUAUAAAGCAUAUAAUGCACAUAAAUGUUCAACAUUGUUGGCAAAUGUUUCAACUAUGUAACAAGAUAUUUUUAACAAGAAAUUUUCAAAACAAUUCCACAGUGUAAUGGCGGGCACGUUCAAAAGUAUUUUAAUAUGUUAAACUGUUACCCAAUCAUACUUGGGCCUUUGCUACCAAGUCAUGAAUGUGGCACACCUCAAAACUGAGUAAUCGAAAGACAGGGUAAAAAAACAGGACAAGAAAUAACUUUUAAACUGCCUAUUACCUCUAAACUAGGAUGUAUUUUUAUGUUGAAAAAAUCUUGAUAACAUUAUAUUUGUAUCUCAGAGAACACUAUACAAUUAAAAAAAAAUACAGUUCAUGACCCCUUAAGUUCCAGUGUUAUUCCUUGUAAACUAUACAGUGCUAUGUUUGUCAUUUUGCUAUAUUGAAAUAAAAACAUUUCAUCAUUGUG